AUGUACACACUUACCAUCUGCAUAACAAACAGUCUCUAGUACAAUCAGAAUACAGAAUACCCUGAAGUUGGUGCUCCAGAUUACUUGACUACUCUACCAUAUGUACCACCACCAGACUAUGAACCACGAGGUUAUAAAAAAGUAAUCACCACCACUUAUCCCAGUCCUCAAAAACCAGAUUUGGAACAGUUAGAAUACGAAGAUGAACUGCCUUACCCAAAUCAAAAAACUAAAUAUUACGAUGAUGAUAGACGAUUCGAUGGAUAUGAUGACCCGUAUCGAGCAAACGAGAAUCGAAAAGCAUACAUGACAGCUCCGACUUAUGAACGAAGAUAUCAGCCAAGAACUCAAAGGCGGUAUCCAUCAAUGCCACCACCUCAGAACAGAAAUACCGAUUAUCAGCCGUAUAAUAAAGUUAUGUUUGAUGAUGACAGGUUUGAAACAUUACGGGUAAGAAACAGUGACGAUUUGUACGAUUCUAUUGCCUCCCGUCCUUCCAGUAGGUGGUGCGAUGAUUGCCCUUACUGUAGGAAAAUGGAGAGGCUUGAAGCUGAACGGAUGAGAAGAUCUCGCUUGGAUUCAACAACCCAGUGGGCAAAUGAUGCCAGAGAAUAUCCAGAAACUUAUCGAGAAGAUUCAAUUCUUUUCCAUGAACCCCGUUAUGGAACAAUCAACAAACCAAAGCCACUGGGAAACUUAGAAAACUCAACAUCUGCUCGUGCUUCAAAAUUUUUCAAAGCUGAUAAACGGGAUCAGUUGGAUGUAAAACAAGGAGAGCUUCUUCAGGUGCUAAAGAAGAAGCCUGGAUGGUGGAAAUGUAAAAAUGUUUAUGGCAACAAAGGUUGGGUACCAGCACAAAAUCUGUUUUUGGUUCCAAAACAAUGA